AGCAGCCACACCCUGCAUACCCUACACUUGUUUUUUAAGCUUUAUUUCUCUUGCUUGCCAAUUUGCCAAGCCUGCCCUCCAGAUCGCCAUGCUCUUCUCUCUGUCUCCUGAGCGGCCUGACAGUAGAGGCGUUGGGCACCACGCCUGGCUUUAAUGUCGUGAUUAUAUUUGUUUCCUCAAAAAAUUAUUUGGUUUCUUCAUAGACAAUGGGUUUUAGUGAAGGUGGCAGCAGGUGGCGCCUUAUCUGUGACAAUCAGUGUACUUGUGAGGUUAGUGAGGACACAGGGCAAAGGGCAGGGUGGUAGACUGGAGAGAACGCUGGCUGAAUGCUCAGUAUGUCCAGGACCUACAGGUGUAAACCUGGCUUGCAGCAUAAAAGACAUCAAAGGUGUGAGCAGGAUGGCCGCCAACUUCUCCAUCCCUCUCAAUGGAUCUGAAGAGAUGCCUUACGCAUCAGCUGGCUACACGGCUCUGCGGAUUCUCCCAUUGGUGGUACUCUCGGUCACCUGUGUCCUGGGUGUGCUGGGCAAUGGGCUGGUGAUCUGGGUGGCUGGGUUCCGGAUGGCACGCACAGUCACCUCCAUCUGUUACCUGAACUUGGCAAUAGCCGACUUCUCCUUCACCGCCACCCUCCCUUUCCUCAUUGUCUCCAUGGCCAGGGGAGGAAAAUGGCCUUGUGGCUGGUUCCUCUGCAAGCUGAUUCACAUAGUUUUGGACCUAAACCUGUUCGGCAGCGUCUUCCUGAUUGCUCUCAUCGCUCUGGACCGCUGUAUUUGUGUCCUGCAUCCAGUGUGGGCCCAGAACCACCGCACCGUGAGCCUGGCCAAGAAGGUCAUCGUCGGACCCUGGAUCCUUGCACUAGUCCUUACCUUGCUUUUCAUUUUCUUGUCAACAGCAAGUGACGCAAAUGGGAACAUAUACUGUACCUUCUCUUUCGCAUCCUGGGGAGACACUGUUGAAAAGAGGCUGGAGGUGGCCCUCGCCACGUUGACAGCCAGAGGGAUCGUCCGGUUCAUUAUCGGCUUCAGCACGCCCAUGUCCACGGUCGCCAUCUGCUAUGGGCUCAUCGCUGCCAAGAUUCGCAGGAAAGGCAUGAUGAAUUCCAGCCGUCCCUUUCGGGGGCUCACGGCCGUUGUGGCUUCCUUCUUCAUCUGUUGGUUCCCCUUCCAACUGGUUGCCCUUCUAAGAACAGUGUGGCUCAAAGAGGUACUUUUAAAGGGUAACAGAAUCUUUGCCGUCCUGCUCAACCCGGCAAAGUCCCUGGCCUUCUUCAACAGCUGUCUCAACCCGAAGCUCUACGUGUAUGGGCAGGACUUCCGAGAGAGACUGAUCCGCUCUCUGCCCGCCAGUCUGGAGAGGGCCCUGACUGAGGACUCGGCCCCGACCAGUGACACAGUGACCAAUUCUGCUGCCCCGAACGCAGAGCUCGAGUUACAAACAAUGAGAAGUGGAUCUCAAGUUCAUACCUAUCCUGUGCUUAUCUCACCUCCGGCUUUCUCUCCCCGUGAGACCCGGCCUUGAGUGUUUGCUUGGGAAAAAUAUCUUGUCCUCUCAUGUGUAGGAAAGAAAUAGAAAACAAGGUGCUACUGGUGUAAUUUCUUCUUCUGUUUGUUAGCCUCACACAGAGCCAAGUGCUGGCGGGGUAGGAC